AGAUCUGAGCUACUGGAAGCCUGAGGGGAUUUUAGUGUAACACACGUGCGCGCGGCCGGGCAGUCCGCCACGACAGCUGGGUGACAUCGUCCACACCACACACUCACCACACACCAGAAACAGGGAUUUUACUAAGGAAAAGUACAGGAAACAGUCGGAGCAGCAGCUUCUGUUCUUUUAUUUUAUAUUCUGAUUCUUCACUUCCUCCAACCUGCUCCAGCGCCUUUGGACGGACAGACGGACGGACGGACAAACAGCUGCUCUCUGGAUGAUAAAGGUGUUUCUGUGAUCUGUGUUUAUCUAUGAAGACCCGGCCGCCUCCAUACUUUCUGUCGCCCAAACACCGUAAAACACCUCCAGCUUUACCCCGAGCAGCCCGAGGAAAACAUCUGUAACUCAGACUGAGCCUCAGACAGACAGACAGACAGACAGACAUGGGCAACAAUGUGUCCGGCAUCUCCACCUUACAGAGAGGAGCUCAGCAGAACCGAUUCCACAGACUCCCUAACUCACAGAAAGACUCUCUCGGCGGACCUUUCCCCUCCUCCACUCACCGAUGCCACCACAAGCCGAAGCGCUGCUUGCCCCUGCAGCCCUGCAUGGGCCUCCCCGUCAGCCCGCUGCUCUUCCACCCCAGCGCCAAGGGCUCUCAGAUCGUCAUGGAUCUGGCCCAGAGAACCGUCAAGAGGCAGGCCAGCUUCUGCAACGCCAUCACCUUCAGCAACAGACCUAUAGCUCUCUACGAGCAGGUCCGCCUAAAGAUCACCAAGAAGCAGUGCUGCUGGAGUGGAGCUCUGCGUCUGGGCUUCACCUCCAAAGACCCGUCUCGCAUCAACCCGGACAGCCUGCCCAAGUACGCCUGCCCAGACCUGGUCUCCCAGAGCGGCUUCUGGGCCAAGGCCCUGCCGGAGGAGUUCGCCAACGAGGGCAACCUGGUGGCCUUCUGGGUGGACAAGAAGGGCCGUGUCUUCUACCGCAUCAAUGACUCCAGCCCCAUGCUGUUUUUCAGCGGGGUCCGCACUGUCGAGCCUCUGUGGGCUCUAAUCGACGUCUAUGGCCUGACUCGAGGAGUUCAGUUACUGGACAGUGAAAUCGUUCCUCCAGACUGUCUCCGCCCGCGCUCCUUCACCACGGUUCGAGGAGGCUCCUCUCUGCGGCGCGAGGCAGACGCUUCCCGUCUGUCCGUCAGCCUGUGCGACCUGAACCUGCAGCAGGACGAGGCCAGGCUCCGCCUCCCCCCCGCCCCGGCCGCCUGCCCCAUUCCCCAGAAUUCCCUCAACUCGCAGCAGUCCUCCUUCCUCCCCCCGACUCUGGAGAGUGACCUUCGCUUCCACCAGCUCCGCGGCGCCCACAUCAAGACGCUGGACGAGCAGACGGUGGCGCGGUCCGAGCACGCCGGCCAGCGGGAAGAGCGCACCCUGGUGUUCACCGAGCGCCCGCUGCGGUCCGGAGAGACCAUCUUCAUCAAAGUGACCAAGUCCAGCCCCGCCCGUUCCGGCUCCCUCUCCUACGGCGUGACUUCCUGCGACCCCUCGGCACUGCGACCCAGUGACCUACCCUAUAACCCGGAGGCGCUGGUGGACCGUAAAGAGUUCUGGGCGGUGUGCAGAGUGCCCGCUGUGCUGCAGACUGGAGAUAUACUGGGAUUUCUGGUCACACAGGAGGGAGAGGUGACCUUAAGCCAUAAUGGAGUGAGCGCGGGGAUGCAGGUGUGCGUUGACAACUCGCGCCCACUCUGGAUGUUCUUCGGACUGCACGGAGCUGUCACGCAGCUGAGAAUUCUGGGCUCCACCCACCACGGUGAAACCCGUGGCCCCUCGAGCCCCAGCUCACCCUCGUCUUCACCUCACUCGCCUGGAGGAGGCCUUUGCAGUGGCAGCUCGGAGCCCACACUAAACGGAGGCUGCUCCGGAGCUUUCUGCAGCUCAGUCGUAGGAACAAACCCGAGUUCUCCCAUCAACCUCCCCAAAUCCCCCACCUUCCCCUCAUCCUCCAGCUCAUGGCCAGACGAGUGCUCCAUCUGCUACGAGAACGCCGUGGACACGGUCAUCUACGCCUGCGGUCACAUGUGUCUCUGCUACACCUGCGGCCUGCGCCUCAAAAAGAUGGCCAACGCCUGCUGUCCGAUCUGCAGGAGGGCGAUUAAAGACAUUAUAAAGACCUACCGGAGCACAUAGGAGGCGUGUCCUUCUUUUCUAACACAUACGGAGCCCCACAGAGGCCGUGACACAAAGAGACUCUCGUACGUUGAGGAAGGAGGCGUCACACUUCAGGGACUUCCUCUCUCUCUCUCUGAUACAUUCAUGGGCUUUUCUGCUCCCAUGCUGAUGACUUUUGAACCUUGGACAUCAAAGGCUCAGGCAUCCAUCCGCAAAAAGUUCUUUGCUGUGUUUAAUGUGCGAGCCAUGCCUGCGACGGUCACUGGCCGUGUCGCAACUCAGGACAGGAGGCUGAGAUUCUGACUAAAGCUUUCCAUAGACACACACAUACAUAUACACACUCACACGCAAGGAAAAGGAAAGAAAAAUCAUGUAAAUAACCUCCAACAAUUCAGGAAGCUGCAGACAAUGCUCAGGAGACGUCACACUCGCAGCGUCUCCCGUUUUCGUUUCCCCUCUCUAUGAGCCAUACGACAACUCUCUCUGCGAGUCUCGUCCACUUCGUAGGUGCGGAGUUCUCCAGCUGGAAGCAAGACGUGGGUUGUAUUUAACGUAGGCGUCUAACAUAGUUUGGGGAAGUCGAUUUUAUCUUUUCUAGCUUCGGCUUGAAGCUCUCAAAAGGUUUCAGGGUCACAUUUUUUGCCUGUGUACAGAUGAAACUUGGGGAAGAGAUAAAACAAAAAACACACACUUAAGAGUACUAAAUCUUGCUGUUGCUCAAUGCUCUAAAGCCAGUAUUGCCCUGUUGAGUUGAGUUUAAUGAGUGUGAGGACCUUCAAGGACUAAAGCGCGAUGUUCUGUGAAGCAAUGUAUAAUCUAAAAAGGUCUCUCAGUUGUCCCGUGUGGAGUCAGUGUUGUUCUCCUGCUUUUUGCUGCUGCUGCUGUAAUGCUAUAAAUGCUAAUGCUUGUCAUUCAAGCAUUAAGGCUCAGUCUCCCAGACAGGGAUUAUUAAGCCUAGUCUGGACUUGAAGAUUUUCCAUUAAAAGGAAAUCCCUAUUCAAAUGGGAUUAGUUUUACUGUACCUGAGGAGGUGGAGUACCAAUCAACUAAACCAUGGACUGUUUUUUGGGAGGUUUAAAAGCACUUUUCUAAAAGGUUCAGAUAUUUGGACCAAUUACAGGAAAGUAAAGGUACAUAAGACCGUCAUCAACCUUUAAACUGUUCAGAAUGGUGUUUCAGAAUCCAGUCCUCUAUACUAUGCUGGUGAUUCCUGUAUCUUCUGUAGCUGUAGAAUAAGAAGGAAUCCGGGGGACUCCCUCUGAGGGUGGUUCUUGCAGAGGGACAGAAUUUGGCACAACACCUGAAAGGGCAACUCGCUGAACUGACAAGAUUCUACAAAUCAAUCGAUGCCAAUGCCAUCAAAGUAGACAGAGAUAGACGCAGCCCACAUAGGUGAUGGCAACAUGAUGUAGCAAAGUAUGUCAAAUUGCAGUGUAAAAUCAAAUUAACCUAGAAUAAACUAAUGCAAUGUUUAAUAUACAAACACAUUAACCUUUAUUUUAGACUUGUAGGUGUGAUGACACCUUAAAUUUACACUUAUAUACUCCUUAGUCCACCUCCUCAUUUAAAUCCAAUACCUUUUGAAUAUGGCUUCAGACUAGGCUUAAUUUCUGUCUCUUAAAACUUGCUAUAAAGGUUUCAUUAAGAAGAUUCAUAUUUAAUGAACUGGAACAGGGACUGGAACACACGUUCCCACAGAGAGGAAAAACAACAUCUUUCAAAAGUAAUCAGAUUUUAAGCCCAAGUCGAGACAGAGCCGUAAUCAAAGAAAAAAAUUCACCACAAACUCAGUCAGUUUCGCCAUUCCGAGUGUUCAAAACAAGCUUCCUGAAGCGCUCUGCGCAUGCAGUCGCCAUGGCGACCGAAAUCACAGACGAAAGAGCAUAGCCUUGAGGCCUUAAACAAUGAAAGGAUCAUUUGUGGCGAGAGAGAGGCUAUUUGAUUUGCCGUGUUAAUCCAUAUUUCUCUGAGUACCCUCCUUAUUCGCUACAGAACAGCUACUCAAGGCCACUGGGGAACAAAAUAAAGCAGAGGAAAGAAGAGAUCGCUGUGAGAGAUCGGAAGAAGGAGGGAAAAAUCAUUUGUUUGACUUAAUGCUGGUUCAUAUUUUCCUGCUGAUCUUGAAAGAAAUGCAAAAAAGUGAAAUACUGAAUUAGUUAAGAAAGUAAGAAAUGAAAGUGAAGACGACAUAUCUGAAUACUCCAGCAAAUAACAGAUCAGGGGGCUAUGUCCGAAACAUGGCCACCAUUGCGAAAGCUAUCAGAUUUCCUUUCUGAAAUAAAAGGGUGUUCUUUGACUUUUGACUCACCCUGUACAUGAAUUAUAACACUGACUCACUUUAUCCUGUCUUUCAAUGAAAAGUCAUUUGCCUUAAAAAAAACACUAAAUCAGAGACACUAAGACAGAAUUGGAGUGGUUUUAGCCAUAGACUGAACAGUCUGAGAUGAUAUCUGACUGAUAAUGUCAUAAUAAUGCCGCCUCUGUCGCCAAUCUUUCUACAUAAAAAAAAAAAAACGUUUUAUAUUCAAUUAUUUUCAAGGUGCGUUUAGCAUUCGUCAAAAUCAAAAUUGUCAAAAGAGUGUAUGAAGUCCAUUACAACAUUAAACCAGUCACAUUUACACUAAUUUACACUCAUUCUUCCACCACUAGUUGCAAAAUUAACAUCAACUACUGUGAAAUAGGCUUUGGGCAGUUUUAUAUAAAGUAAGGACCUUUAAUGUAAUGAUAUAAUUUUACAGUGCACCCAAAUUCUCCUUGAAUAUUCCAUCUUGGAAAGUCAGGGUUAAAGUGCAGGAUUAGCUAUGACAUGCUAUUACACCUGGAAAACUUUUCAGUUUUUAAUUCUAAAGCAGAAACUAUAACCAUUUGGUUUAGUAUGUUUUGUGGAGUCCCACAGGGUUCUAUUUUGAGAGAAAUGUAAUUUUGAUGGUGUUGGUGACCAGCAUUAUAAUCAAUUCUUGUAUGUUCCAAAGCCUAGGCUGCAGUUGAGGUAGGACAGGUCCUCCGGCAAUCAACUCCUAUUCAUUAGAUAUUUGGUCAACUUGAUUAAAAAAUGACCUACCACCAAUUAAAAUGUAUGCUAGCUUGGUAAGCAUUAUUGAAUACUGGAUACUGAACACAUUAUUUUCAACACAUACAUUUUCAGUAAUUAUGCAAUUUUUUUCACUAUUGCAUGAAUUCUAUAGCUUAAAAAUGCUUUUUGUUUUUAAGAUUUGAGCUGACAAACCAAAAGAGUUGAGUCAUUGUUCAGUAUAAUUUAUUCUGCCAAAUCUUGAAAAUCAUAUUUUGCCCUUUACAGCUGAAGAGUUUGUUGUUGAAUAUUUGCUGCACCCUUACUGAUCUUUCCCAUUGCGUUGUUUGAGCACAGUGAACUGUUAGUAACUGAGUGACUGAAAGGAUACAUCAGCUGUGCCCUCAAAAUUGCUCGGAACGUAGGCGGCAUUUCUAGGCUGCAUACAAAAGAUUCUUUACUCACAGCGGCCGUAAAAUGCAGCUCGGAUGUGCUGCACCUUGGUUGCAGCCUAAGCUUUGGAACACAGAUAUUAUGUAGGUUCUUUCUCUGCUACGAUUUUAGUAGAAGACAACAAACAUACUUAUUACUUACUUACUGACAUCAUGACAUGAUAAUGUAUUUGGAAAAUCUGAUGAUUUUUCAGGUGUAAAGCACCUCAAGCACCUGGCUUAUGGUGCUCCGCAUCAGUGACACUAGUUUAGGAUCAUGAUCCCAGCUCUAGUUAUCACGUUAAACUGGGAAAGACUCUGCAGAACUCUUUGUUCUGUUCUUUGGCUACAUUUCAUGGACAAGUGAUCAUUAAGUAGCUGAGGUUAGCUCUGGCUAGCUUUGUAACAGCAUGAUAUGAUGAUACUCAUGGACCUGGCGUGUAACUCACUCCCUCUCGCGUGGUGCUUUGCAUCAGUGACACUGCGUGUCCUAGUUUAAAAUCAUCCUAUUAAACUAAGGAAGAUUCUGCAGUACUUUGGCUACAUUUCAUGGACAGUGUCAGUGAUUAGCUUGUCGUGGUUAGCGUGUUAGCUUAAUGUGAAUCAUUUGUGACAACUGGGGCUCAAAUCUAUGCUGCUAAAGCAUUAGCCAACUCUUUUUUUUUUUUUUUUUCAGGCAAUGCUUAAAAAACAUGUGCGUUAUACAUCCUCACCCUCAUACACUUUAUCGCUGCGGUCACUAUAAAAUAUAAACAGCGGUUUGGGAAGUUUAGGAAGUUUAGGUUUUUUUGUACAUAUAUUUGAACGCUGGAUGUCCUUCUUAUUGUUCUAGGCAGUAAAAAUUCAGCUCCGGUUCUCGUGAGAUUUAAGUGGAGGCGCUGGAAAGCCGGAAUCAGUGGUUCUUCUCCUCUGCUGAUAAAGAUACAACACUAUUUCUAUGCCGUGCGCCGCCGUCGCUUGAAGUGAUGAUUCACUCUUGAAUGUUAAUUUAUGUUAAUUGGUGAUAACCGGAUCUUCUAGAAUAGCAGUAUCCAAGGUGUUCCUCUAAUCGCUUGGCUACGGUUGGAUUGAUGAUGAUGAUUGUAUUUGUUUGUUGCGUGCUCCUCUCUGGGUUACACUGCACUGUAUUUCUUGAAAACAGAAGAGGGUGAUGCUAUCUCGUACCUGCGAGGCUGUGCUGUGCAGUAAAUCUAAACCAUAGUAAACCAUCACAAAACCCGUCGCUUCCAGCUACAAGAUAAGCGCAGUCCUGCGCUAACGUACCGUCCCUUUAGUUUCAGCCUGCUUUUGUAAUUUCCUCUCUGCUGCCCUGCCCUGUUUUAUACCUCCUCCCAGAGCCUGUGGGUGAUUUAUUUAUUCAAACAAUCUGAUUAGUUUAGAUAUCAGAUCAGCGUGCUCCAUCAUUUCUAAAAGCAGAAAGCUUCAAGCAAUAGAUGUGAUUUCAGAAUCAGAGUGUGGAAGUAAAGAUAUAAACUGGUUUAGCCCAAAAUAAAACUAGCGAUACGAGUUAUAACUCAAAUUUCAAUUUCAGAAAUCAACUGCGAAACUUUUACUAGUCAUUUUGAAAUUUGAAUCUGAGCUCUAUAAAAUCUAUUUUUAAAAUUCUAUACUAUAAAUAUAUAACUAUAAAUAGUCUGUUCUGACUAGUCAUACCCUUGUUUCAGUUUCAUUUUGAUUACAAUCUAAUCAACUUUUUUUAAUCUAAUUUUCUCUUAUCUAUAAAAAAAGUUAAAGAUUAAAAUAAAGAUACUUUUUUUUUACUAGGAUAAAUUUCAUUUUUUACAAGUAAAUCCAUAAAUGAAUUCUCACUAAUGCAGAUGCUAAAUUAUCUCUGAUAUAUCUAAUAUAUUACAAAAUAUAUAAAAGUUUAAAAGGUUCUGACUCAUCAAAAUCAGUGUCAAUAUUUUUCAUAAAAAAUAUUGUAAAUAAACUACAGAGCCUACUUCUUUCUAUUUUAAAUUCAGGUUUGAAGUAAAGUCGAUUGUUCAAGAGAAAAAUAUUGGACUUUUAAAUUUUCACACUUUUAUUUCUAGUAAAAAUUCUAUGUCACUUUUAAUUCAGAAUAUUAUAAUUAGAACUUAUAAUGAAACGAUUUUAAUGUUGAUUUCUACAUUGAAAUAAAGAAAAUAUAAUUUCUACUAGUACUUUUCUACUAUUUCUAAAUUGUUUUAAUUUUAAUAGAAACAUUAAAACACUAGAAUGUCU